AUGGAGUUUUGGACAGAGUAUGUCAUGAAGAACAAUGUGGGAAGAGAGUUUGUGGCGGGCGGAAUUGGAGGCACGGCGGGUAUCUUAUCGAGUUAUCCGUUGGAUACUCUCCGCAUCAUGCAACAGCAGUCCGGCAAUGCAUCUGCCGUUGGCAUCUUUAGAAAUUUGUUGGCCAAGGAAGGAGCUUUUGCUCUCUACCGUGGCAUGGCAGUUCCUUUGGCUUCUGUUGGUUUUCAGAAUGCUAUAAUUUUUCAAAGUUAUACCAUUUUUACAAGGAUUUGUAGCCCUUAUAAUUCUUUCAAUGGACCUCCUUCAUUUGUGAAUGUUGCUCUAGGAGGACUCGGCGCAGGUGCUCUGCAAAGUAUAUUGAUGUGUCCUGUUGAGUUAGUUAAAAUUCGCAUUCAGCUUCAGAAAAAUAUUGACAGUCUUUCAAAACACAAAAAGAGCACUCCUUUAUUCUUGGCUAAGAACAUUUGGAAAAACGAGGGCCUCUGUGGAAUUUAUCGAGGAUUUGGCAUCACUGUUCUUAGAGACUCACCUGGUAUGGCCUUCUACUUUGGAGCAUAUGAGUACACGAGGGAGAAACUCCACCCUGGUUGUAGAGAAAGUUGUCAAGAGAGUGUGCAUACUAUGUUUAUAGCAGGAGGAAUAGCAGGGAUGGCGAGUUGGUUUUUUAACUACCCUGCAGAUGUUAUCAAGACUAGAUUGCAGGCUCAAACACCAUCUUCAUUGAAAUAUAAAGGUAUCUUGGAUUGUACCUUAAAGAUAAUCAAAGAAGAAGGUUUGAUUGUGCUAUGGCGGGGUUUAGGAGCAACACUUGCUCGAGCAUUUGUUAUGAACAGUGCUAUAUUUCCUGCAUAUCAAAUGGCUUUAAGGUGUUUGACCAAUAAUUAA